GCGGGCGGACGCAGCGCCUUUCCGACCCCGCCGCCUUUAACGGGGCCGGUCCCGCCCCCGCGGCGGCGGAAGCGGGAGGCGGUGCCGGGCUCGGGCUCAGGCUCGGGAGCGGGAGCGAGCCCGGGGCCGGGAUGGUGCUGGAGGCGCUGCGGCCGCGGGUCGUGCGCUGGGUGCUGCUGGCCGCCUUCACCGCCGGGGUGGUGGUGGGCUGGCAGGCGGGCCGGGCGCGCCGCCGCUUCCUGCGCUGGCGGCAGCGGUACCUCCAGCGCCGCCUCGCCGCCGCGCAGGAGAAGCUGGAAGCGGCCUGAGCGCCGGCAGCCGCGGCUGGGCUGCCCCUGGCAGCGGACUCCGGGCGCCUCCUCCGGCGGCUUCGGCUCCUCCGGACCUCCGGUGGCGCUGCCUGAGCUGCUGGGAACUGGUGAAACACUGCUGGGGAAGGACAGCGUCCCUGGGAUAGCAGGGCUGCCGGCUGGACAGCAUCCGUGGAAUAACGGGAAGGACAGCACCCGUGGAAUAGCAGGGCUCCUGGGGAAGGACAGCAUCCGUGGAAUAUCAGUGCUGCCAGAGAGGACAGCAUCCAUGGAAUGGCAGGACUUCUGCUCUUCGCAAAGCAAGAUCCCAAACUGUGUCAGACUAACCUAACAAAGAAUUGAGGAUAUGCAAGCAGCGAUCCCAAACCUGGAAUGGACUGCUCUGGGAGGUUUGGAGUCCCCGACCCUGGAGGUGUCCAAGGAACAACUGGACGUGGCACUCAGUGCUCUGGGCUGGGUGACAAGGUGGGGGGGAUCGGUCAUGGGUUGCACUCGAUGAUCUCGGAGGUCUUUUCUAACCUCAGCGAUUCCAUGAUUCUCGGAUUUCCAUAUUACAAAGGGUUGUCUGCACUUGUCCAACUCUAAGCCUGCUGCUCUUACCUUGCCUGGAAGCGCUGCCAACACAAUAAACUAGCAAAAGUCAUCA